UGCAUUUUUUUUGCUGUGUAUGUAUUGGAUAAAUGAGUCCUGAUUUUGCAACAUCUUCUCUCUAGAUGUUAAACAGGUUUGCCAGUGUAUGACAAAGUAAUUAGUAAAUCUAGCACAUUUUGUACAUUUUGUUUUGAAAUUCAUAGGAAAGCUUGUCCUCUGUAAAUGAAUUUUGGAUAUGAAUUUAUAUGAUUAUCUCCAAGCUUUACAUAUUCCUAUACUUGUCCACUGAAUUGAAAGUAGAAGGAAGUAAGGAGGAAAAGGUUUAAGGACCAAAUGGUCAUAUUAGAAAAUACCUCAAAUUACAACCUUGCUACUUGUGCAAUUUUAUUUACCAGUGCUGUAUGCAGAGUGGACAGGUUCUUAUGUGAAAUAAUGUAGUCCUUCUAGACUUUUAAAAUCCCAUUUGUUUACAAUAAAAAUGAAUUAAAUUUUAAAAAUGCUUUUAAAAGUAGUAGUAGUAGAACAAAUUGUAAAGCUCUUUUUAAAAAACUGUCAACAGUAGAACUCUGUUGUCUAUGGGUUCAGGAUGAUGUGUAUCAUCUUUUUUAACCUUUUCUGUAUUUUCCAGGUUUUCUAUAAUGAACAAGUAUAUUUUAUACCCUAGGAGAAGUUAUUGAAAAAAAAAAACAUGAAGAAAUAGAGAUCAUGGGAUCUGCCUGACCUUCCUUUCCUAUAUAAUCAAGAAAGCCUGGACAGAGAAUUAUUAGGGGUAAUUUUCUUGGAAGAGUAAGACAUUAUCAACCCUGACUCCAAGAUGGCAGCAUCCUGCGAAGAGGCUGUGGCAGCCUCCAGUGAAAGUGAUGGCGGGGGCAAAGGUUUUGGAUCCUGGCUGGAUGGAUGGUUGAAGGUGCUGGGAGUGGACCAAGCCAUUUAUGGUGCCUACAUCCUUGGUGUCCUGCAGGAGGAGGAGGAAGAAGAGAAACUGGAUGCUCUGCAGGGUAUCCUGUCUGCUUUUCUGGAAGAAGAUUCUCUUCUUGAUAUCUGCAAGGAGAUUGUGAAACGAUGGUCUGAAACUCAGAAUGUUGUCACCCAAGUGAAAAAAGAUGAGGUACAGGCCAUUGCCAUCCUCAUUAAGAAGCAGGCACAGAUUGUAGUGAAGCCCAAGGUAGUGUCAGAAGAGGAAAAACGGAGAAAAGCUGCCCUGAUGGCCCAGUAUGCUAGUGUAACAGAGGAAGAGAAUGAAGCAGAUGAGAAGUAUGAUUCAGGUGCCAUGAUGAUGAGCAUUAGUUCUGAUAAAUCUCUGUUUCGAAACACCAACGUAAAAGAUGUCUUCAAAGCUUGGAAAUCAGAGCGAGAUUCACUUCAGGAUGAGUCCCAAAGGAAGAAGGAACAGGACAAGCUGCAGAAGGAGAGAAACAAACUAGCCAAGCAGGAACGCAAGGAAAAGAAAAAGGCACAGAGAGGGGCACGAAAGCGCUAACCCUGACCUGUUUAAUUCUUCUCCCACUUCAAGAACUUUGAUCAAAGGGAAAACUGGUUGUUCAUUUUGUGUGUUCAAGAGAAAUGUAAGAACAUUGUAUAAUGAUUUCCCAAGGCAUUUUCCCUUUUGUUUGCAUGGUCAAAAGGAAAUCACAAUUACUUCAAUUGCAAAAUGUUCCAUGUUUUGGUGGUGUG